CUAUUCAAAUUAGACUCAAUAAUCGAAACAAUACUCUGGAGCCACAUGUAUAUUUUAUAUGGGGUUGUCUGCUAUAAUUGUCAGGAACAUUAGUUUUUAACAAUAACCGAAAAAACAAAAUGCCGAAGAAGAAGACGGGGGCUAAGAAAAAAGCCGAUAAACAGAAGGAAAGACAAAAGGACAUUAAAAAUGCCCAAUUUCAAAGACAACUUGCUGACAGACCCUGUAAUUUAAUGAUGGAAUGUGAUCAGUGUAAAAAGACUCAAAAGAAUCGUGCAUUUUGUUAUUUUUGUGGAAAUUUACAACGGCUACCUAUAUGUGCCCAAUGUGGUAAACAGAAAUGUUUAUUAAAAUCAGGUGAUUGUGUAGUCAAACAUCCAGGAACAUUUACAACUGGUUUAGGAAUGGUGGGAGCUGUUUGUGAUUUUUGUGAAGCGUGGGUUUGUCAUGGUAGAAAAUGUUUAUCAACACAUGCUUGCUCAUGUCCGUUAACUAAUGGCGAUUGUGUAGAAUGCAAUCGUGGAGUGUGGGAACAUGGAGGUCGAAUCUUUCAGUGCUCAUUUUGCAGAGGAUUCCUUUGUGAAGAUGAUCAAUUUGAACAUCAAGCCAGUUGUCAAGUACUAGAAUCAGAAAAUUAUAAAUGUGUAGCUUGUAAUAAAUUAGGACAAUAUUCUUGUUUAAAGUGCAAGGUAUGUUACUGUGAUCAACAUGUACGAAGGAAAGGGGUGAAAUAUGAUAAAGGGGAAUUUCCUUGUCCUAAAUGUAAUAAUGACAUGCAGGAAACUAAGGACUUGAGUAUGUCCAUUAGAAAAUAUAAAUAUGGUCGUCAGAAUGAUUAUGAUGAUGAUGAUGAUGAUGAUCGUGAUUAUGAAGGAUAUAGUGCUGGUGGAUUUACAGGUUAUUCAUCCUUCUCUUAUGGCUCAGCAAGUUAUAAUAAUGAUGAUGAUGAGUCUGAAGAAGACGAUGAUGAUGAUGACGAUGAAGACGAUGAUGAUGAUGAAGAUGUCAGUAAAGAUAUGGAAAAACUUUCUACAAAUUAACAUAAUUAAAUAUGUAAACCAAAAUUUGAUAAUGUACAAAUAAAUUAUAUAUUCAA